CCCUAGCACAGGAUGAUUUUUAAGAAUUUCUAUGACAGUUAAAAACAAUCGAUUAAUUUCCUUUUUCACACCAAGAGCGACAAUAAUAAAAAAAAGGAAAUUUUAUAUUUAAUUAAAAAUACCACAAGCAUAAAACAAAAGAAAACUUUAAGCUGAUAACAAUUGGAAUAUAAAGCAGACUUUAAUUAUUCUGCACAUAAAAUCUAUUUUAGAAGAAUAAAGCUAGAAAAAACAGCGAAAAGUGCAGUGUAAAGAAAGAACAAAAAAGAAAAGAAAAAAAAAGUUGGCAAAAUCAAAACACAUUUAUGAACCCAGCAGAAGCAGACGAAAAAUUGCCCCCAAAGAAGGCGGACGGGGACGAAACGCAACUAGACCAGCCAAUGUCGGAUGACGAGGAAAAUACAAGCUUCCCCGAAGAUUUGUCUUUUAGACAAAGACAAUUAGCAACACAGCCCUUAAACGCUGGGGCGUCCACUACAGCUGCAACCACUGCAACACGCUCCAAUCACUCUUCCGAUAUGAAAAGGACCGCAGUAAAGGAGCUUAUUGAACGUUACUUCUAUCAGCUGCAACGCGGCUGUGGUAAUCCCAAAUGCUCGAAUGUUAAUUGUGCCUCGAGCGGCCAGGUGGCACCCAUGACUCCCAAUGAAAUAGCCGCCAAAGCUAUACAAUUGUUUUCACAAGAUGCCAAAUUAUGUGAUUGCUAUACACAACAACCUCCCAAAGUACCUAGAACGGGGCCACAACACGAAUCUCCCUCCAGUUCUACGCGUUCUUCGGCCAACGGUGCCGCCACAUCCCUUAACAUAAACGAAUCCAUGGAUUCCUUUUCGCCGCUGGAUCACAGCAGUGAUGGUAGCAGUACUACGAAUAGUACCAUUACCUCGGGCAGCUCCACCUCUUCCUCAUCCACCGGCAGUAGUAAUACUAACAUCUCCAGCUGUGCUACCAUAGAAAUGCCUUUGCUAGUGGCUUUAGGUGAGGUGGCUGCGGCUGAAAUAGAAGCCACCACUUCGCCAUCCACCUCUAAUUUAAAGACCUCAGAUCCUCCCACACCUACCCUGGCGCCCGUAGAAUAUCUCAAUGAACAGAUACUUGAUGAGCUCAUUGAAGAGUGUAAGAAAUACAAAAGCUAUGACCGUCUUAUACAUGCCAUCAAUGAUGUCUACUGUUCGGUUAAGAAACUAAGUAAAAGUUUCCGACGUCCACCUUUGGCGAAUCUAACGUCCACGGCUACCGCCACCAAACUGCAAGAACUCUUGGGCAAAUCACCGCAAGAACUAAAGAAAGAGGAUCUGCGCACUUUGGAGGGAGAACAUGACAAAGAUGAGGACAGCACCUGUAUGGAGGAUGAUGAUGAUGAUGAUGAAGAAGGCGACGUGGUGGAGGUGGAGUUGAAUAAUGAUCUUGCUGCUACACCGUCUGUCCAUGACUUUUUACCAGAAAUACACACGAUUGGCACAAGUGACACAUUAUUGAUCGUUAAUGCUGCUGGUAUACCCGAAAUAGCCAUGGAACAGGAUUCCAAUUCCGAUGAUUUGGAUGAUAUAGUCGAAUGGUCACACAGUUGUGAUACUCAGGUCGAUUUUGAGAGUUUAAGGCGGGUGAAAAAGAAACUGUAUGGCCUGAAGAAGAAGGCGGUGCGUGAGGCUUUAAAUGAAAACAUCAUCUUGCUGGCCGAGAGUAUUAAAUAUGGCCGUUUCUAUGACUGGGAAAAAGUUUUACAUUGUUUUGUCAUAUGCUUCGAUAUGUCGAUGACAUUUUCCAAUCGUUUUGUGGACUUUGAAUUCAUGGAAAUCAGUAUGCCGAAAGUGUGUCAGGCGGCCCAUGUUAUGCCGGUGCAGGCACAAGCCAGAUUAGCACGCAUAUGGGCCGUACACUACAAGGAUUAUUUACAUCCCUUCAUACAGUCACUGCAGCAAUUGAUAACGCUGCAGGUCAUGCAGGAUGAAGAUGCGGUGCAAGAAAAUGCCGAUGUUAUAGCCAUAACCAAAGUUUUAAAGAUUGUUUUCUAUGCCAAUAUUUUGGCCGGCGAAGUUGAUGCCUAUAAUGUAUCAGCCGCUGGCCGGGAGUCUGCGGCUGAAGCCGAGGCUGCCUCUAGUUCAGCAUCAGCUGGUGCUGGCUCCUCUAAUGAUGAUGAUGAUAUAUUCCUAUAUAAUCAAAUACUUAAACCUUAUCAUCCGGCCUUUGCUGAGGAUAAAUUGGAAAAGGAAUUAAAUAUUAGCUGCAUGGAUUGUCGUGUUCCUUUAGUGCCCUUCGAAGAGUUCUACAAUGAACCCUUAAGUGAUGCCAUACAAAUGGAUAGGGAUUAUUUGUCAUAUAAAAAUCUAUCCCUAGAUCCAUUGGGUGUAGAUAGUUUAGGAAAUCACUUUUCCUUUAUGCUGUAUUCAUUUAUAUUGACCCCGGCCACCAAAGUUAUUGCUUUAUAUUACGAUAGUCGCAUACGCAUGUACAGUGAACGCAACUCCUCCAUUUAUUCGUUAUUAAAUUACUUUGGCGAUGGCAAUGAUGUGGUGGCCCAGCCGAAUUUAAAACUAAAAGUUCGUCGUGAUAAUAUUGUUAAUGAUGCUUUAAUAGGGCUGGAACUGGUGGCCAUGAGCAAUCCAAAAGACUUGAAAAAACAAUUGGUGGUGGAAUUUGUGGGUGAGCAGGGCAUUGAUGAGGGUGGCGUUUCAAAGGAAUUCUUUCAAUUAAUAGUUGAGGAAAUAUUUAAUCCAGACUUUGGCAUGUUUACCCAUCAAGAGGAUACAAAUACAAUGUGGUUUAACUCUACUCCAUUCGAAAACGAAGCACAAUUUACAUUGAUCGGCAUUAUUAUAGGUUUAGCUAUUUAUAACAACAUUAUUUUGGCUGUGAAUUUCCCCAUGGUAGUGUAUCGCAAGCUAAUGGGUGGUCGUGGCUCCUUCUAUGACCUCAACGACUGGAAUCCCACCCUCUACAGAAGUCUCAAGUCAAUGCUCGAGUAUGAGGAAAACGAUAUGGAAGAAGUUUUUAUGCAGACCUUCAAAAUCAACUAUAAAAAUGUAUUCGAUGAGGUGGUGGAACAUGAACUCAAAACGGGUGGUGGUGAGAUAGCAGUGAAUCAGCAGAAUAAGCAAGAAUUUGUGGAUUUAUACAGUGAUUUUUUGCUCAACAAAAACAUUGAAAGACAAUUUAAAGCCUUCAAAAAGGGUUUCGAAAUGGUAACCGAUGAAUCGCCUUUGAAGUUAUUGUUCCGGCCGGAGGAAAUUGAGUUGCUGGUGUGCGGCAGCAGGAAAUUCGAUUUUUUGGAAUUGGAGGUCUCUACCGAAUAUGAGGGUGGCUAUACCAAGGAAACUCAAAUUAUCAAGGAUUUCUGGUGUAUUGUGCACAAUCUGCCCGAGGAAUCGAAACGUAAGCUGUUGGAAUUCACUACCGGUUCCGAUCGAGUGCCUGUGGGCGGCUUGAGUCGCCUUAAAUUGUUGAUAACACGUCAUGGUCCGGACAGCGAUCGUUUGCCUACAUCUCACACCUGUUUCAAUGUUCUAUUGCUGCCCGAGUACAGCAGCAAAGAGAAACUAGAGGAAAGACUUUUAAAGGCCAUCAAUUAUUCUAAAGGUUUCGGCAUGUUGUAAAAAGACAAAAAAAAAGCUUUGAAAGUUAAAGCCACACCAACCCUAAAGAAACUACUGUCUUGUAACGAAUAUUAAACUUAACAGCCAAAAAUAUUUUGUAUAUUGUUUGUUUAAAUAAGAAUGAAAGAAAGAACGAUCGAUGUGAACUAAGUCUUAAACAGUUUAUUUUAAAGGAAAUUUUCAUAGUUUUGUUUAUAACAAAAAUUCUGCUAUAUUAUUUUCAUCUACUAUAUAUUAUACAACAAACUAACUAUUGAAUAUCCUUUAGCAUAAACCUCAAAAUACUUUCUAAGACUUUAUGUGUAAAACGAAGACCACCUACUUAUAAAACAGAAACCAGAAAACCGCUACUGAUUGCUUAUUUAAAUACAUGCAUACCUACAUAUUUAAGAAAAAACACUUACAUAUUUUCACACAACUCUAAAAAACAAUGAACUCAUAUUCUUUUACACAUUUUUUUUUUUUUGAUACUUAUAAGCUUUUUUCUUUAACUUUUUCCUGUUUAUUAUUAUCAUUUCGCUAAUUUAUUUAAAUAUUUAAACAUUUUUAAAUAUACACAUUAUUGGCAUUUUAUUUUUUUUAUGUCGAGAGUUUACAAGAAUUAUAGACACUAUUACUCCUUCCAUCCAAUUGCUCCCCAUUGUCUUUUUUUUUUGUAAAUAAAGUCUUUUUUUUAAUUUAACGAAAAAA